CUUACUGUCUCUUUUGAGCCAAUGGUGAGGCAGCGUGUUGGUCAGUGAGGUAAAAGAGUAAAGCGGCUUCCUAUUGGAUAGGUGGUGAGCGGGUUAGAAGCCUGGCAAGAUGGCGGACAGAGCGGCGGUGGAUAUCAGCAAAUUGAAGUUGACUGAGUUGAGACAAGAAUGUGCUUCAAGGGAGCUGGAUACUAAAGGAAACAAGCAAGAUCUCAUCCAGCGACUGCAGGCUUACCUGGAAGAACAUGCUGAGGAAGAAGUGAAUGAAGAAGAUGUUCUAGCAGAAGAUACUGAGGAGGAGGAACAACAGCAGCAGAAGGUCGAGCCAGAAGUUCAAAGUCAAACUGUUGCUAUCAAAGAACCAGAAGAAGUUACAGCAAAGAAGUUGGUUAAAAUAGUGGCACCAAUGACAGAGAGUGAGAGGCUAAAGAAAAGAGCAGAACGGUUCAAUGUACCAGGGACAGCAGAGAGUAAGAAAGCUGCUCGUGCUGCACGGUUUGGUUUGCCUGUUGCAACAAAAGGUACUCCAGGAACUAUCAAAACUACGAUCAGUGCUGAAAAAUUGAGGGAGCGAGCUGAAAGAUUUGGUAUGAAUGUCUCAUCACUCUCAAAAAAGACUGAAGAUGAUGAAAAAAUGAAAAAGAGAAAGGAGCGAUUUGGAAUUGUGACCAGUUCAGCGGGAGGCGGGGAUGAUGUUGAGGCAAAGAAGAGGAAAAGAGCAGAACGUUUUGGAAUUGUCUGAUAACACCAUGCUUUUUUUUUUACCAAGAAUAUUUUAAAUGUGUAUCAAGUAGAUUUUUUUUCUAGGAUACUUUUUAAACUGAAAUGUGCUUUAUUUCCCUAUUGUGUAUCAGUUUGCAGUAAUGGAUGUUUGCAAGGUGUCAGAAAUUAGAUGACUUAUUUAAUUAAAACAGCUAGAAUGUACAGUUGCAUCAGGAAUAAGAUGCUGAGAUAACAAGGAGCGCAAGUCACUGCUGCAGGCUGGAGAUAAUCUUAGUGGAACUUUAUGCAGGUACUGUACAACCAAGUGAGACUUGAUUAAAUAAUUAAAAAACAUUGUGUCUUUGUUAAACGUU